AUGACUUUCCCAUAUAAAUGCGUCCUCAUCACCGGCGCCACAUCAGGCAUCGGCCUCGCCCUCGCCGAAACCAUCAUCAACAACGGCUCUUUCGUCAUUGCCGUCGGCAGAAGACAAGACCGUCUAGACCAACUCGUCCACAAACACGGCAGUGACAAACUCGCCGCCGAAUGCUUCGACAUAAGUCAAAUCGAAAACCUCCCAGACUGGACAACAAGCCUCCUCUCAAAAUACCCCAACCUCGACGCCGUCCUCCUCAACGCCGGCUUCCAGCACCGCGUCAACCUCCUCGCCCCCUCGCCCAGCCUCCUCCCAGACAUCACGUCCGAACUACACACAAACUACCUCUCCCCGCUACACACCUCCAUCCUCCUCCUGCCGCACCUGCAGACCCUCUCGAAGACGCACCCCACCGCCCUGAUAUUCGUGUCCUCGGGCCUGGCGCUCGUGCCGUCCGUCCUCGUGCCGACCUACUCUGCUGGCAAGGCGGCGCUUCACUCGCUGUCGUGGUGUUUCCGUGCGCAGCUGGCGGAUGCGUUUCCUGGGCUUCGCGUCGUGGAGAUUAUUCCGCCGGCGGUGCAGACGGAGCUGCAUACCUUGCAGGGUUUGCCGGCGUUUGGGAUGCCGUUGGAGGAGUUUGUGGAGGAGGCGUGGCGUGGGUUGGUGAGUGGGCGGGAGGAGGUUGCGGUUGGGAUGGCGAGGGAGUCGGCUGAGAGGGUGGAGGGGGAGAGGAGGAUGGCUUUUGAGAGGUUUACGAGUAUGGUGAAGGGGGCUGGUGUUGCGAAGGGGAAGGAUGAUUGA